UCACUGAGAUCACAUCAGUCUAUACAAAUAUAAUUGAGUUUUCGAACAUUAAAUUAAAUAAUAGUAACAAUAAUAAUUUAAGGUUAAUAAUAAUAAUACUAGGCAGAUGUGUCUUGCCUGUUCCUUGCUGAGCUCCACUAAAACCAGACCCCCUCUCAGAAGCUCAGAGAGAGAGAGAGAGAGAGAGAGAGAGAGAGAGUUCCUUAAGGUUCACGUCUGCUUUGCAUCUGCCAAUGGAGGCACAAUCUGGAGUCCAACGCUCUCCUAAUCCCUCUCACGUUAUUCCUCUCCCUCUCUAUUUCAUUUUUUCUAUCGUUUAUCUUGAUUGUUUUUAUAUAUGAUUCAUAGUUUGAGCAAUCAUCAGUAGAAAUGUAAAGAGAGGAAGUGGGAAAUGAUUUUUGUUGCAGUUUUCAAAUGGAUGUUAGUUUGUAAUUGAUUGUGUAAAGAUUUAGCAGUGAAAUGGAUGGAUUGGAUGCAUCAUACAGUUUCAUUGAGAUCUUAUUUGAAGGAUUUCAGUGAGUUUGACUGUCAGAAAUCAAACAGCCCCUCUCUCUGUAUUAUCAUGUUUUUAUAUAUUGUUUUGUUUUGUAAGAUAAACACAAAUGAUUUUUCAACUACAGUAGUUGGUUUUAAUGAUUUAUUUUCUUUUAUUUAGUCAACUUCUUGUGUGUUUCGUUGGCCCUUUGAUUAGUUCUUUCUAUUUUAUUCAUGUUGGUGAGAUUAGCUUCUUUUUUCAAUGUGAUUUAUAACUCUUGGCAUAGCAAGAAUGCAUUUUUCGCUGACGAAGUCAAGAAUUGAAACCUCCCCCCACCUGAUAUGAUAUUUUACUCUUUGUUCUUAUUUUAAAGCAUUAUAUGAACGGUUUACAUAGGUUGAUGUCUGGAUUUUUUGCGGUUGUAUGCUUCUGUGUUAAGUUAUAUGCUGAAUCAUAAGAACCCAAAUGAUAGAGGUCGAGUUCUUUGUCACAUCAUAGUCAUUGAUAAUCAUUUAUUUAAAACAUUUAUGUAUAAAGAGAGAAAUUUUUUUAUUCGAUGGUUUCAGCGUAAAUAGUUUUAGUCAAUGGCAAAGUCAAGUGAGUAACAUGAUGGAUUAAAUUGAAAACAUAGAGAUUACUCUAAGAAUAUUUAGUAAAAAUAAAAAUCAAGCAAGGGAGUAGCCUUCUUUUUUAUUUUUAUUAUUCUCGUCCAGGAUUAUGCCCUGGAUCAUUAGAUAAAAAUCCAUAAAUGAAAAGAGAUGAUUUUUUUUUUUAAUGUGCCUAAUCAAAGUGUGCCGCUCAUGCUUUCAACAAGUCUUGUUGCCUCCCUUUAGUUCUCAAUUCAGGCUGGUUGUAUUUCCUGGCAUCAGAAGUAAAUUAAACAGGAGUACUAUUUUUUAUGGAGCUAAAAUUUCAAUAGUUUCCUUGACUUUGAGCCAUAGCUUGACUUGCAUGAUUUUGCAGCUUUCAUGGGUAACUCUAUCCAGGAAUCUACUAUUGGCAUAUCAAAGCUUUGGGGUAGUGUAUGGAGACCUAAGUACUUCACCUCUUUACGUUUAUACAAACAUAUUUGCUGGGAGGAUGCAGAAUCACCAGACUGAGGAAGUAAUAUUUGGAGCAUUUUCCUUGGUUUUCUGGACCUUUACAUUGAUACCUUUGAUCAAGUAUGUCUGUAUUGUAUUGAGCGCAGAUGACAACGGUGAAGGCGGCACAUUUGCUCUUUACUCGUUGCUUUGCAGGCAUGCAAAGUUGAGCUUACUUCCCAAUCAACAAGCAGCUGAUGAGGAGCUCUCAUCCUACAAGUAUGGCCCUUCAACACAGGCUAUGGCCUCCUCUCCAUUGAAGAGAUUUCUGGAGAAGCACAAAAGGCUUCGGACUGCCCUACUUAUUGUCGUCUUGUUUGGUGCUAGCAUGGUCAUUGGUGAUGGCGUGCUUACUCCAGCAAUAUCUGUUUUGUCAGCAGUAUCUGGGCUACAAGAAGCUAACAAUAAAUUGACUAAUGGCGAACUUGUCUUGCUUGCCUGUGUCAUUUUGGUCGGCCUCUUUGCUCUGCAGCAUUGUGGCACUCACAAGGUAGCCUUUAUGUUUGCACCAAUUGUAAUCAUCUGGUUGGUGUCAAUUCUGUCCAUUGGACUGUACAACAUUGUACAUUGGAACCCAAAGAUUGUUCAUGCUUUGUCGCCUCAUUACAUUAUAAAGUUCUUCAACCAUACUGGUAAAGAAGGUUGGAUUUCACUUGGAGGGGUCCUUCUUUCCAUAACUGGCACUGAAGCAAUGUUUGCUGAUCUUGGUCAUUUCACUGCCUUAUCUAUUAGGCUUGCUUUUGCAUUGGUAAUUUACCCUUGUUUGGUUGUACAAUACAUGGGCCAGGCUGCAUUUCUGUCUAUAAAUCCCAAAUCCAUUCCAAACAGUUUCUAUGACUCGAUACCUGACAAGUUAUUCUGGCCUUUAUGCAUUAUUGCCACCCUUGCUGCUAUUGUUGGGAGUCAGGCUGUUAUCACUGCCACUUUCUCUAUUGUUAAACAAUGCCAUGCCCUUGGAUGUUUUCCACGAGUUAAAGUUGUUCACACUUCGAAACACAUAUAUGGGCAGAUCUACAUCCCAGAAAUAAACUGGAUCCUCAUGAUCCUUACUCUUGCUGUAACUGUUGGAUUUCAAGACACAACUUUGAUUGGAAAUGCUUAUGGACUUGCUUGCAUGACAGUUAUGUUUGUCACAACAUUUCUGAUGGCACUUGUCAUAAUCUUCGUUUGGCAGAAGAGUGUCAUUCUGGCUGUGCUUUUCCUUCUAUUCUUUGGGUUCAUUGAGGGUGUCUACUUGUCUGCAGCCCUCAUGAAAGUGCCCCUGGGAGGAUGGGCCCCUCUUGUGCUCUCAGCCAUUUUUAUGUUCAUUAUGUACAUUUGGCAUUACGGGACUCGCAAGAAGUACAACUUUGAUCUGCACAACAAAGUUUCAUUAAAAUGGUUACUGGGCUUGGGCCCCAGUCUUGGCAUUGUCCGUGUACCGGGAAUAGGUCUCAUAUACUCUGAAUUGGCCACUGGAGUUCCAGCAAUCUUCUCACACUUUGUAACAAAUCUCCCUGCAUUUCACAAGGUUCUAGUUUUUGUUUGUGUCAAAUCAGUUCCUGUUCCAUAUGUUUCCCCUGAAGAACGCUUCCUCAUUGGUCGAGUAUGCCCAAGACCAUAUCGCAUGUAUAGGUGCAUAGUGAGGUAUGGUUACAAGGACAUCCAGAGGGAUGAUGGUGACUUUGAGAACAUGCUUAUACAGAGCAUAGCAGAGUUCAUUCAGAUGGAAGCAGUUGAACAACCACAGUUCUCUUCAUCUGAGAGUUCAUCCCUUGAUGGCAGGAUGGCUGUUAUGAGCACCAGACCUGUCCAAUCUAGCUUGAGUUUAAUAGUAUCCGAGCAAGACUUUCUUAGCAUUGAUGACUCUAUCCAAAAUAGCAGAUCCUUAACCCUCCAGAGCUUGCAAUCUGCUUACGACGAUGACAAUCUUCAUAUCAGAAGGCGCCAUGUCAGGUUUCAGCUGCCAUCAAAUCCCGGGAUGGAUCCUGCAGUCAGGGAAGAGCUGAUGGAUCUGAUCCAGGCAAAGGAAGCAGGGGCAGCCUACAUAAUGGGGCAUUCAUAUGUGAAGGCUAGGAGAACUUCCUCUUUCCUUAAAAAACUAGCUAUUGAUAUCGGGUAUUCAUUUCUUCGGAAGAAUUGCAGGGGCCCGGCUGUGGCACUGAACAUUCCUCACAUCAGCCUUAUUGAAGUUGGCAUGAUAUACUAUGUGUAAUCACCUGGACGUUAUCGUCCAUUUAACCCCAGCUGGUCAUAUUUUGAACGGGUGGAUGCAGAGGUGGUCGAUGCUGGCCAUGGUUCUGGAACAGACGACAUUAAAGUAUAUGUAUGGGUUAGCGUUAUCUUAUAGCAGUUGUUCCAAGAAACAGCUUUCCUUUUGUACAGAUAACCUUCUGCAGACGUCUUCAUCUGAUAAAUUACCAGGGUUUUUCCAUGAGUAAUAACCAAAUGAUAAUAGAAAAGAAGAUUAAAUUCGCAUUGUUUCA